GGGAGCGGGACGCGCUCGGGAUGGGAGGCGGCGGCCACUGCCCGCCGCUCGGGAAUCCUCCUUCCGCCUUCCUUCCUACUGGGGACAGACUUCAGCCGCCUUCGGGCCCCUGUGUGAGUCCAGCAGGGGAAGUUUCUUUGAAGUUAAGAGAAGGUCCCGGAAACUUGUGGGGCGGUUUGUGCAGGGAGCGGCUCAGGAGCUCCGAGGUGCGGGAAAGUUUCGAUUUGCGCUUUACUUGCCCCAGUCUUUAACGCCUUUAUUUUUUUUUUUAUUUCCCUUCUUCUUCUGUUGGUUUUGGGUUUUGUUUCCCCACCCUCUGCAGCACCCGUGAUUGGAGUUGUGACCAAAAGGGACUUUUUUCUUUCUGUGCCCGGGAUAGCUACAAGGUAUAGCCUCGUUCCUCAUUGUAUGAAUUCUUGGUAGCUGCCCCGGGUGUGCGCAAUGUGCUUUAAUGGGUACUAAAGCAGCGAAGCGAAGGAUUGUUGCCGAAAACUCUGAUUGCCUGCAGGUGAAGCAGAUUUUCUCUUCCAGAAUGAUUUUAAGAGCUCUGGUUUUGUGUUUGGCAUAUUCUGGGCUUGGAAAGCCAAAUGUGAUUCCACAGGCUGGACACAAAAAAGUGAGGAUGGGUGAUAGUGUGACUCUGAGCUGUGCCCUGACAGAACCCAUGGAGGUUCUGCAAGUGACAUGGCAAAAGGACUCAGAAGAAUCACAUGAUAAUAUAGCUACAUACAGUGAAACAAAUGGAUUCAAGAUUCAGGAGCCCUAUGAAGACAGAUUGAAUUUCACAACUUUGGAGCUCAGCAAGACAAGCAUAACUUUUUGGGACACUAGAAUGGAUGAUUCGGGAUGUUACAAGUGUCUCUUCAACAUUUUCCCUUCUGGCCCUCUCUCGGGAAAUACCUGCCUGAGUGUUUUUGGUCUCAAUGCAUCUGUCCAUCACAACAUUUCUGAAGAUCAUUUGAUAGUCAUCUGUAUUGCUAAUGGCCUCCCAGAGCCCACCAUCACCUGGAACAACCUGUUCAAUUCUACUCCUACACAGAAGACAGUCAAGCACAAAAAUGGGAUCGUGUCCAUCACCAGUAAACUGGAAAUCUACAAUCAGAGCAUCAGUGCACAGGAUUUGAUCUGCAGAGUUAGCAACACAAAUGAAACAUUUGAAUUGCCUGUGAAAAUAAAAGGAGAAGAGGGAUCGUCACUGCUUUGGCUGGUGAUUGUUGUGGUGAUUUUAGCAGUCAUCACAGUUCUUAUUCUGAUUAUGCUGUUCUGGAGGAAGAUCGUAUGCAGGAGGAGUUGAGGUGGUGAGUGGCUCCUUGAGGAUUUCCAUCUACCUGAUCAUUAGAAGCUAGCAGCCUGAAAUCAAAAUUACACGUAGUGACUUGACUGGCUGGAAAGAAGCAGC